AAGAGAGCUCCAGUGGCUGCGCCCUGGGGUGCGGCUACGGGCAGCAGCCAAGCCUUUCGCCCUGGGGUGGAGGUACGGGCUGCAGCCCAGCCCAGGCAGCCCCCGGGCCUUGCAGCCCGCCGCCAUUCUUGUAGUCAAUGCUGCCGCAGGCCGCUCGCGCGGCUGUGUGGCAGUGGAGCGCAGCCAGGGCUUCCCCGCUGGGCCAGGCGAAGGUGGCUCUCCCCGCCCGCGCCCGCCACCUUCCCAUCCGCACCCGGCGGCCCUGGCGCUCCCCUCUUCCCCGCGCGGGAAGCAAGCAACAGGCAACUAGGCCAGAGCGGGCGACGACACUGUUUGCUUUGGCGUCGGCGAGAAGAAGAGCAUACAGGGGGCCGGCCUUGGGACCUGGGCGCCGAGCUGGACUCCACGCAUUCGCCGGCGGAAGGGGAGGAGGCGGGAGAGUGCCGCCGCUGUACCUCCUCUCGCUGCAUCCUUCUCCGGCCCCGCUGCCUGCCCACCACGGCCCCUUUGCCUUCCCUUCACACGUCCUAAAUAUCGUGCAUCUUUAAUCUUCUUGCUUUUAGCCCCCGCCCUCCCCCCGCCUCCAGCAGCUUCUCCCUCUCCCCCCUCUGCCUUUCUCCACAUCCUUCCCAUUCCUCCCCCAAAUGAGCUUCUCUUCGUCUCCCACCACGAUCCCAAAACUGCCGCUGGCUCCUCGGUGAAUCUCCCCUCGCCGUCCCAACCCCGCUUCACAGUGCCUUCCCGAAGUGACCUCUCUCCUUCUCAUCCCAUCCUUGUUCCCCCCAACUCAGCUUCUCCCUGCCUGCCUGCCUCUUUCCUCCCGCCUAGGAAAGAUCUCCUCUGUAGAGUUUACUUGUGGUGGUUCCUGCUGCAACAGAUCCCCUCCUUGUCGGCUGGAUUCUGGAAUUGCGCUUCCGGACCGAUCUCCUCCCUUCGUUGCUCCCGAAGCCUCCCUGCAUUAUCAUUGGCCCCCUCCUCUUCGCCGCUCUCUGGCCUUGUUCUUCCCUCCUGCUGACAGGGGGAGGAUCGGCCUUUGCUCCCCUCCUCCGAGGAAUGCGACUCUUUAAAUAGGGGCGGCGCGGGCGGCGGGGCUCCAUUCGCCUACUUGCUGCCUGCCUGGCCGCCUCUGGACUGGCGCAUCCGCCCCACCUCUUUCCUGCUGCGGCAUCGCCUCUUGUGCCUUUUAGCCAAAAUCCUCAUCGCUAACAAUCAUGUUUGAAAUUAAGAAAAUCUGCUGCAUUGGUGCUGGUUACGUUGGUGGACCAACAUGCAGUGUCAUUGCACACAUGUGCCCGAAAAUUAAGGUCACCGUUGUUGAUGUCAAUGAAGCUAGAAUCAAUGCCUGGAAUUCUGACUCACUUCCAAUUUACGAGCCCGGGUUAAAAGAAGUGGUAGAAUCUUGCAGAGGAAAGAAUCUCUUUUUUUCCACCAAUAUUGAUGAUGCAAUCAGAGAAGCUGAUCUUGUGUUUAUUUCCGUUAACACUCCAACAAAGACAUAUGGCAUGGGAAAAGGCCGGGCAGCAGAUCUGAAGUACAUAGAGGCCUGUGCAAGACGGAUUGUGCAAAACUCAAAUGGUUAUAAAAUUGUGACUGAGAAAAGCACUGUUCCUGUCCGUGCUGCAGAGAGCAUUCGACGUAUAUUUGAUGCCAACACAAAACCUAACUUAAAUUUGCAGGUUCUGUCUAACCCAGAAUUCCUAGCAGAAGGCACCGCUAUCAAAGACCUAAAGAAUCCAGACCGAGUACUGAUUGGUGGAGAUGAGACUCCUGAGGGCCAGAAAGCUGUUAGUGCACUCUGUGCAGUCUAUGAGCAGUGGGUGCCCAAAGACAGAAUCCUUAAAACUAAUACCUGGUCGUCUGAACUUUCCAAAUUGACAGCUAAUGCUUUCCUUGCCCAGAGAAUUAGCAGCAUCAACUCCAUAAGUGCUCUUUGUGAGGCAACUGGUGCUGAUGUUGAAGAAGUUGCAAGAGCAAUUGGAAUGGACCAAAGAAUUGGAAAUAAGUUUUUGAAAGCCAGUGUUGGGUUUGGUGGGAGCUGUUUUCAAAAAGAUGUUCUGAAUUUGGUUUACCUUUGUGAGGCUCUGAAUUUGCCAGAAGUAGCUCGUUACUGGCAACAGGUGAUCGACAUGAAUGACUAUCAGAGAAGAAGAUUCGCUUCCCGGAUCAUUGACAGCUUAUUUAACACAGUCACUGACAAGAAGAUUGCUAUUUUAGGAUUUGCAUUCAAAAAAGACACAGGAGACACAAGAGAAUCGUCCAGCAUCUACAUCAGCAAGUAUUUAAUGGACGAAGGUGCAAAACUACACAUCUAUGACCCCAAAGUGCUUAGGGAACAGAUCAUUCUGGAUCUUUCUCACCCAGGUGUAUCAGAGGAUGAUCAAGUGUCUCGAUUGGUCACCAUUAGCAAAGAUCCCUAUGAAGCAUGCGAUGGAGCCCAUGCCCUUGUUAUCUGCACAGAGUGGGACAUGUUUAAGGAGCUGGAUUACGAGCGGAUUCACAAAAAGAUGUUGAAGCCAGCUUUCAUCUUCGAUGGCAGGAGAGUCCUGGAUGAUCUUCAUAAUGAGCUGCAAGUCAUUGGUUUCCAGAUUGAGACAAUUGGGAAGAAGAUAUCAGCAAAAAGGAUUCCAUUUGCUUCUUCAUGUGACAUACCAAAGUUUAGCCUGCAGGAUCCCCCACUCAAGAAGCCGAGAGUAUAGACUUUAAUGAGUACUGAAGAGUUAUAAUGAAUCUUCACAUAUGAGCUGUAAACCAGCAUGAUUUAGAAGAAGAAAAAGUGGGUGGCGGGGGAUGGAUGCAAUCUAGCCAAAGUUAAGCACUUCUAAUUUCCUUGGAUUUCAGCGGAGAUGUUUAGAAUACACUUAAAUAUCUCCCUUUGAAAUCAAUCAGGACUAAAAAGUACUCAACUCUGGUGAGAUUGUUCUAAGUAUUUUCUCAUAAUGAAGACAAUUUUACAUGAAUAGUAGCCGUGUACCUGGGACAUUUCAAUCCAGAAUCUGUUUUGUAAUCUCUAUUUUUAUAAUAUUGGAACUUCUGUCACAGAAGGAAAAAUGUAGAGUCGUAAACAAUUUUAGUAAUGACUUUUUAAUAUUUUUUUUUUUAAAGAUCCCGCUGGCUUCAAACUGCAGCCCUACCUUAGAAGGGUUAUAAACUGCACUUUAAAUUUUCAAGGAAAUGUUUUCAAAUCCAGAAGGAACAAAUGAUUCUCUCCCCCGCUCCCUGCCUUUGAUACUACAAUCUGUACUAUAUCUUGUAGCAUUGCUCUUGUGGAAACUUUUAAUUUGACUUUAGUAAGUGUGGGGAGCUUACUUAAGGACCACUUCUUAGCAUGAUGUGUGACCCCCAGGAGUUAAUGGGAACAUUGACAGUGUUCUGCAAACACUGAUGUGGGGCCUCACCUACUUCAGAGUCUGCCCUAGACAUGUUGAUGCCUAUCCCCUGGGGAUAAAAAGAUAACAAUUUGUAGCCCCUUUACUGUUACCCACAGAAGUGCCAUUUGGGGCCGGCCACUUCAGCCUGCUUGAUUGUACAGCUGUUCCUGACUAACUUUCAGCAGCAAGCUCUCAUUAGGAAUAGUACCUUCCUUGCACUGUAAAUGUGCAGGUCCUGUUGAAAACAGUGGUGACCACCAAUACCACAUGCAGUAUAUUUUUGCAGACUCAAGAGCCACGUUAAAAGGGGAAGAUGGGUUGCAUAUGUAGUCCAUAUGUAGCUAACGCUUCUCAGUAUUACUUUGGGGAUGUGUGUGAUUGUUUUAACUUCCAUUACAGGCUUGUGAAUAGCAUCUCAUCUGGUCACCUGAGGCGAGUAAGACUCAUUUCAAGGCAACCAGUCAUCAGAAGCUUUUGUUACAUGUUAUUGAGUAGAUUCGGUUCUUCCCUGAGGUUGAUGAUUUGCCACAAAUGACAAAAUAUGGAUUCACUGAUCUGUUUCAGUAUAAGUGUUUGUAGACAAGAGUCUGCUUCAUCCAAAUGAUGGACCUGAAGUGUCACCCACAGCUGCCAGGAUAAUGCAGGAGCUUUAUCUGUUAGUCAUUAAGGUUGUAAAAGACUGGUUUCUGCUGAAGCAGACUAAUGUGGCUACCCGUGCCAAAAUAUAGGCUAGCAAUGUUGCAGGCUUAUUUGGAAGGCUAUGUUAGAGGAUAAGGAAGUAUCCCACUUCCCGUUCUAAGUGAUAGGAGCGAUUCCACCAACAUAUAUACUGGAGUUGAUCUGGGUGAAAUUCAGUGAGAGAAGCCUUAAAAGGCUGGGUAACGUCUUGGGAAGGCCUAUUCCUCCGUACAGCUUUAAACUAAUACUGUCGGUGGAUAACAGUGGUACUGGCAAAUUAGACUUGCGUAAGUCAUGUUUCCACACUUUUGGAUUGGCUCUGAAACACUUGACACCCCACCCCCUUUUAUUCCCACCCCCCGCCUUGGUUUCCCUGCAGUUUUAUUGAUGUUUCUUUCAUUUCACUAUAUCAGCGCUUCUUAAAGUGAGAGGUGUGGAUAUUGGUAAAAAUAGGGCAAGUUCCUUCUCCACUUCCAGGCCUAGGCAUUCCAGUCAGUGCAACAUGAAUGGCUGUGUAAUUCUCUCCUGCCCACCUCCCUAAGUUCUCUGAAACUUGCUGCAGGCCAUGGAACAAUCACUUUCCCCCCAAUAUUUCCUUCCCUGCAUUCUCAAGGUUAGGGACUUAAAGCAUAACAAGUGGCCAUGAUCCUUCUUUUCCCCCUCUUGGUCAUCUUUGAGCACUGCCCUUCAAAACUGCCUUUUUAUCAUAACUGCCUGAAAACGAUUUCCCAUACUUUAAAAACAACAACAACAACAAAAAAACAAACUGUUGGCUGCAAUUCUAUGUACACUUUCCUGGGAUUAAGCCCUGUUGAACACAGUAGGACUUCCUUCUCAGUUAGCAUGAGGAGGAUUGCACUAUUUGUUAGGAGGCUUAUUAUAGGGCUUUUUGCAUAAGUGCAGACCUAUAGCUGCUGUUGGCAGGAACCACACACCACAGACAUUUCCAUGAGUUUAGGUGGAAACCCUCGGCCUGAGUGAAGCAAAGCCAUUUCUUUUAUGAUCACCAUGGAAUCCAGUGGUUUCUCACCACCAUGUUGAUACUUUGCUGUGUUACAGAAGCAAACAUUCUGGUACAAAACCUUAUGGCAUAUAUUAAUCUGCUUACUACCUCACUGUGAUUAUACAAAUAAAUUUUUUAUGCUCAUUGGUA